CCUUUCUGAUGUGUGUAUGCCAUGCCCGUGAAUGGCAUUGCCGUGUCACACUGUCAUCAAAUCACCCAACAACACAUCACACCACAACACGCCCACGGUCAACGCAAAUCCGGAAACGAGACAACAACAACGAUGAUGAGGUGUUGUGGUCGUGUGGUGGCACGCGGCAUGGCUGCACAUGGCCGCUUGUCGCUCGCUGCGAUCGCUGCUGCCAGGAGAGGUCGCGUGCAUGCGUUGCGUCGCAGCGUCGUUACACCGCCCUUGAACCGUUUCACGGCUCGGUUGCACGUUGCGCGUGGGGUGCGUGCGGAUGAUGCCAACAACAACGACAGUAGCGACCACGUGACGGCCAUCAAGAAUGACCAGCACAGGCUGCCGGUUCAAUGCGCCGGCUGCGGCGUUGCACUGCAAACACAGCAACCAGGCGGCACAGGAUACGUUAACCCAAACGUUGUGGAGCGAUGGCAACAGCAAGGAACGUGUACGAGUAUUCCCAGAAAGCCCGGGACGGAGGGGUUUAUCUUUGGCGCAAUCAAGGUUGGCAAAUCGUCUGUCAUCAACAGCAAUCGGUUCAGCCAAAAGGAGAAGAUGCUGUUGACGCGUGCUCAGAGCUAG